AUGACGACAAUCUCGAAAGACGCUCAGCAGAGCUCAUAUCCCCCGAUAGCCCCGCCGGACUUCAACGCACAUCAACCAAAGACCGUCAGACUGUACCCUCUAAGCAACUACACAUUCGGCACAAAAGAAACCCAGCCCGAAGAGGAUCCUUCAGUGCUCGCUCGUCUGAAGCGCCUAGAAGAACACUACGAUGCAUACGGCAUGAGGAGAACUUGCGAAGGCAUUCUUGUAUGUCAUGACCACAACCACCCGCACGUCCUCAUGCUACAAAUCGCAAACGCCUUCUUCAAGCUCCCUGGCGACUACCUUCCACACGACGCCGAUGAGAUUGAGGGCUUCAAGAUUCGCUUGAACGAGAGACUGGCUCCCUCGGGCAAUCAAUUCUCCAACGACGGCAACGAAGGCGAGUGGGAGAUUGGCGAGACUCUUGCCCAGUGGUGGAGACCCAACUUUGAGACAUUCAUGUACCCGUUCAUCCCGCCGCAUGUUUCUCGUCCAAAGGAGUGCAAGAAGCUGUACUUCAUCCAACUACCCAACAGCAAAGUCCUGAGCGUCCCGAAGAACAUGAAGCUACUUGCUGUGCCUCUAUUCGAACUCUACGACAAUGCCCAGCGUUACGGUCCUCAACUCUCUGCCAUUCCCCAUCUGCUCUCCCGCUACAACUUCGAGUUCGUCGACGAGAACGGCAAGGUCUCAGCCGUGACCCCUGGAGGCAACCCGAACGAGGGCAGCGUACCCAGGACGAAGGUGCUUGCAGGCGGUGACGAGCCAAACGGAGCACAGCAGGAUUCGAAAAUGGAAUAG